AUGGACCCAUACAUGCUUUCCACAUACAAUUACAAGUACAAUCAGUAUCUUCACAGUGGUUGUACUGCGGAUGUUGCAGCGGCGGAGGCACUAAGAUCUGUUAGGUCAUUUUAUGGGCAUAAAGCCAAUAAUCAAGAAUUUUUAAACUAUGUAAAUAGGGUUUCCAAUACUUUAUCUGCUAAUGGCCAAGUAAACACUACACAGUCAACUGCCGCCGGUAUUGGAUACCAGUACAAUCCACAUUAUGGCAUGGUUCCAUCUCAUAUAUCAAAUAUUUACUAUGGAUCGCAUCCUAAUGUUGACACUACUGCCAUGUAUAACCAACAAUUGCUUAGUCAAUCCAACUCUGCAUGUAGCAGUAAUGCGUUAUUGAGUGGUAUAUCUAUUAAACCUCCAUCAAUUCCAAAACCCCAAGCUCCACCUUCAGUUCCAAUCCAUCCAUCACAAUAUAAACAACAAUCCAAUGCAGCUCAAAAUCAUGCUAAAUUGCCAAAAGAUGUUAAUACUGCAAAUACAUCUAGUGCUAUAACGGACUGGGUAUACAAAAUAUUUUCCGUACAUGUAACGGAAAAAUCCUCCAAAAAGUGGAAUAUGGCAGUUACAAAUUUUUUAAAUCACAAAAUUGAUUAUUGGAAGUCACACAAUAUCACUCCUACUCCAGUAGACUUGAUGAUUCCCUCAGCAGAUGUUAUUGAAUCAUAUUCUGCACAACACGGACAUAAUUCUAAACAGAUUGUUCCAUUACAUAAUAACACGAACAGUUCAAUUCCAUUAGAUACUAGUACUACCAGUAAUAUUUCCAGUUCAGAAUCUAAGAAUGGGAUGAAAAAUGAUAAAAAAGGGGAUAAAAAGUCUAGUGCAACGAAUUUUGACAAAUAUUCUAAAACUAAAUUAGAUUCUUUUAUGGAUAUAGACACUACGGGGGUUAAAAAAUCACUCAAGUAUAAGAGUUUGUUACAGAAAAGGGCAGAAAGAUUCACAAAAGGCACAAAAGGGGUCAUUGCUGAAAUCAAUCUAACUCAACAAGUUGAGAAAUUAAUUGGUACAUCUACUGACAUGGAGAAACAGUAUUUGAGAUUGACAGGCCCUCCAAAUCCAUCUCUAGUACGGCCAAUACAUGUGUUAAAAAAAUCAUUCAUAUACGUACUUGAAAAGUACAAGAAGACCCUAAACUAUCGCUAUAUUCAGGAACAAUUUAGGUCUAUCCGACAGGAUAUGAAGGUGCAGCAUAUAAACGAUUUAUUUGCAACACAUGUUUAUGAGACAAAUGCAAGAAUUGCUUUAUUAAAUUGUGAUUUGGAUCAGUUUAAUCAGUGCCAAACGCAGCUAAUAGACCUUCAUUCAAUUAAUCAGGUAGCUCCUGAAAAUAAGAUCGAAUUCAAAUGUUAUAGGUUAUUAUAUUUGGCACUACAAAAUACAAAAAUGGAUUUGUUACGGUACCUGAAGGAAUUAAACAAUACGAGUGAUAAAUCACUGGUGAAAUAUAUUGCUGUGAUUGAUUACGCUAAUAAGUUGAGACGCAUUGUUGAGGAUGAAAACUUCUAUCGCUAUUUUAGUCUCAUAAAAUCUGAGACAAGACGUUUGGAAAAUGAUUUAGAUUAUAUUUAUGAUAUUGCAACUGAAAAAUUAAAGGUUACUUCUCCAAAAGACUGUGAAAAGGAACCGCCAUUUUUCUCUAGAUAUCUCUUUAAAAUGUUCAAUCAAAAGUUUCGGGUAUUGUACCUAUUGACCAUGGCCAAAACAAGCAUUAUUAUCAACCCUAAAUCGGUUUACACACAAUUCAGAUUCGAUAGCUGUGAUGAAUUUAAAUCUUUUCUUAAUGAACUAAAUAUCGUAUGGACCAGUAGUGGAAGCGUUGACUGUAAGCAAUCACUUCCUAAACUGCUAGAGAGCAGGGUUUUAAAGAGCAAAAAAAUUGAACAAUAA